AUGCCCAUCAUCGGCUCCGCGUGGUUCAGUAUCGGGUCGUUCUUAUUGUUCAACUCGGUCGUAAACUACUUGCCAGACGCCUAUCCGAAUGUUGCAGCUUCAGCCCUUGCGGGCAAUGAUUUUUUCAGAAGCGUCUUUGGUGCGGGGUUCCCGUUGUUCGCAAACGAAAUGUAUACCAAAUUGGGGGCUGCAUGGGCGAGUUCGCUUCUGGGAUUUUUGCCGAUUCUGUUCAUCCCUAUCCCUAUCAUACUAUACAAGGUAAGUCGCCACAAGUCUGCUAAAUGGUUUGCCAUAUCGCUGAUUGCAGACACAGGUCGGUCCGAAGCUUUGCAGAGAGUACAGCAGACAUGCGCGGAAGAAUAUCUAGAGUGA